CCCGCCCCUCUGCCGCCUCCCCGCAGCCGGCGCGGAGCUGUUUCUGCAGGACCCUGGACAGAAGCCACGCCGCUCAGCCGGCCCGAGGAGCGCACGCUGCGGUCUGAACCCGAGCUGUAAAGGCAGUGGCAGAGGGGACGGGGUAUUUGAAGCAGAGUCACCCCUCUGACAGCACACUGACAGCUCCCAGCUCUGUUCAACUCACUGUCCUCCUUCCUGUACUUGCACCAUGGGCACUGUAUUGUCUCUUUCACCCAGUUACCGGAAGGCAACCCUCUUUGAGGAUGGUUCAACAACGGUGGGGCAUUACACAGCUGUCCAGAACAGCAAGAAUGCCAAGGAGAAAAACCUCAAGCGCCACUCCAUCAUCUCAGUGCUGCCCUGGAAACGCAUUGUGGCAGUGUCAGCCAAAAAGAAGAACUCCAAGAAGGUGCAGCCCAACAGCAGUUACCAGAACAAUGUCAUACACCUCAACAAUGAGAACCUAAAGAAGUCCCUCUCCUGUGCCAACCUCUCCACCUUCGCUCAGAACCAGUGUGCCCAGCCUUCAGCCACCAACAACCAGAUUUCCAGCUCCAAGAGCACACUUUCCUCCUCCAUAAAGAACACCCCCCACCCCAACUCCAACUUAUCUGGUACCCCCAAGAGAGUUAUUGUCCAAGCUUCGACUAGCGAACUGCUCCGAUGUCUGGGCGAGUUCCUCUGCCGACGGUGCUACCGGCUGAAGCAUCUCUCCCCCACAGAUCCCGUCCUCUGGCUCAGGAGUGUUGACCGGUCCCUCCUUCUGCAAGGCUGGCAAGACCAAGGCUUCAUCACCCCAGCCAAUGUAGUCUUUCUGUACAUGCUUUGCCGGGACGUCAUCUCUUCUGAAGUAGCCACAGAUCAUGAACUUCAAGCUGUCUUACUUACCUGCCUCUAUCUCUCCUAUUCCUACAUGGGCAAUGAGAUCUCCUACCCUCUGAAGCCCUUCUUGGUGGAGAGCUGUAAAGAGGCCUUUUGGGAUCGCUGCCUAUCAAUCAUUAACCUCAUGAGUCCCAAAAUGUUGCAGAUCAAUGCUGACCCACACUAUUUCACUCAGGUCUUUGCUGACCUGAAGAAUGAGAGCAGCCAGGAAGAGAAGAACAGGCUGCUCAUUGGCCUGGAUCGGUGAACAUGGCUUACUGCUGUUUGGAUGAAGGGGAAUACAAUACAUUUUCCUUCUUUUAUAUGGUUUUUGUUUUCAAAACAAAUCAGGACACAAAGUUGAGUUUGGACAGGGCCAAGGAAAGACAACAAGCCACUAUUUUCCACCACAAUUUUAUUGGC